CGUCUUUUUAUUCAUUCCCAAGUCCACGGUUGCGUGUGCUGUUUCUGUCUCUAGAUCCAUUUUGAAUUCUUUUCCGUCGGUUUAUUGUUGUCGCCUCAAUAAGGGCAGUCGGGUUUGAACGGAAACAUGUCCUUCAUUGCAAAGCCAGAUGUCGUGUCCAAUCUGCAAUGGAUCUCUGAAAUGGAUGUCAACAUUACGCCAGAGGACGGUCGAAAAUCUAGUAUCAUUGGCACCAUUGGUCCCAAAUCCAAUAGUGUCGAAAUGAUCACUCAGCUCCGUAAUGCUGGCCUGAACAUUGUCCGCAUGAACUUCUCGCACGGUUCAUACGAGUAUCAUCAGUCAGUGAUUGACAAUACCAGAAAAAGUGUGCAACUGUAUCCUGGUCGUCCCGUAGCCAUUGCAUUGGACAACAAAGGCCCAGAAAUUCGGACAGGCAAUAUGAAGGAUGGGAAAGAGAUCCCUAUCACCGUAGGUCACGAAAUGAUUUUUACCGUGAAUGAGGCGUACAAGGACAUCUGUGACGAUAAAGUUAUGUUUGUCGACUACAAAAAUCUCCCAAAAGUCAUUGAAGUCGGGAAAAAAAUUUAUGUCGACGAUGGUAUUCUGUCGUUUGAAGUUCUAGAAACUGGGGCUAACCACGUACGCGUCCGUGCCAUGAACAAUGGAAAGCUUUGCUCGCAUAAAGGCGUCAAUCUACCUGGCACUGAUAUCGAUUUACCGGCGCUGUCCGAGAAAGAUACCGCGGAUUUGUUGUUUGGAGUCAAAAACAAGGUCGACAUCAUCUUUGCGUCCUUCAUUCGCCGUGGCCAGGAUGUUCGCGAUAUCCGCAAAGUGCUGGGCGACAGUGGUCGUACCAUCAAAAUCAUUACCAAAAUCGAAAAUCAGCAAGGCGUCACCAACUUUGAAGAUAUCCUCAAGGAAGCGGACGGUGUAAUGAUUGCGCGCGGUGAUAUGGGCAUUGAAAUUCCUCUGGAACGUGUGUUUAUUGCUCAGAAAAUGAUGAUAACAAAGUGUAAUCUGGCGGGCAAACCCGUGAUUUGCGCUACCCAGAUGCUGGAAUCCAUGACGUAUAAUCCAAGGCCUACGCGAGCCGAGGUCUCGGAUGUGGCGAAUGCUAUUUUGGAUGGGGCGGAUUGCGUAAUGCUCUCCGGUGAGACGGCCAAGGGCAAUUAUCCCAUUGAAGCGGUGCGGACGAUGCAUGAUAUCUGUCUUUUGGCGGAAUCGGUGUUGUGUUAUCCUGCUAUCUUUAACGAGAUCCGGUCACUGACAGUACUUCCCACCGAGACGACCGAAACAGUGGCGUGUGCCGCCGUAAGCGCGGCCCAUGAGCAGAAAGCGGGAGCCAUCAUUGUGUUGACGACCAGUGGCCACACCGCUCGUUUGGUGUCAAAGUACCGGCCACGCGCUCCGAUUGUAGUGAUCACGCGAAAUCCUCAAGCAGGACGUCAAGUGCAUCUUUACCGAGGCUGCUUUCCCUUUUUAUAUCCAAAAGGCUCAUCGGCGGCGGCGGCUCGAUCGUCCAUGAGCAGCUCACAAUAUCUAAGCCCUGCUGAUUAUAUACCAUGGCAGGAAGACGUCGAUGCACGUAUUAUAUGGGGAAUGGAACAAGCCAUCAAAUAUGGUUUGGUAGCUCACGGAAAACCUGUAAUUGCGAUUCAAGGAUGGAAAGGAGGAUUAGGCAAUACGAAUACACUCCGAAUCCUUAUGACACCCUAAAACGGUUCAGUCACUCGGAUCAGCGUAACACUACCGACGUUUCUGACAUUUCCCAGCGUUCACUAGCAGUCAUCCUCAUAUAGCGCAAUGUAGCAUUCAAAAAAGCAACACAAGAAAGAGGGGACGGCAUCCAGAUGUUCAGGGUUUUCCUUGCGAGAAUAAUAAUAAUAAAAAGAAC